CAUUAUUUCUUCGAGUUUCGGUUUUCGACACGAUGGAAAAAUGGAUUCGCCUACCAACUAUAGCUCAGCCAUUUAUACUUCCUAGAGUUUCACUUUUCGCUAGGAGUCCAUUUCACCAGAGAUUUCGUCCUUUGGCAAGUAAAAUAGCUUCGUCUAACGACUAUAUUCGGGAUAUAUAUAUCAAAGAACUUAAGGGUUAUAAACCCGUACCAGAAAAACCUGGUGCCGAAGUCGGUCUUGUGAAAGAGCUUCGGCUACCUUCAGCUCCCUCGGAUCUUUCUGAAGAAUUGGCUGCUUAUGAUGCUGAAGAUGUACAUCCCCAAGCCGAAAUUUUGUUUAGUUCCUCGUUUGAAGAACAGGUUUUAAGAGAUGAGGAAGCACCCUCUCAGGGCCAUUAA